UCUGCAAUGAAGCUGAACGGGAUGGACGGGGCGCACGGGUGGUGCGCCUUUACGCGCGUGGGGACCCCUUGAGAGCGCCCUGCCGACGGAGCCGCCAGCAGCAGGCGGAGAAGAUGACUCUGAACACCCAGCGAGGAGGCAGCACCACCCCUGCUAGGAGGCGUGCCAGCACCCCGUUGCCCAUGCCCUAUGGGUCUCCCCCAGGGAUGCUGAGCGUCCGUCGCAGCCAUGCUGAACCCAGCCACCCGCAGCUGGGCCAAUCGUCCUCCUGUGACCCCAAAGUCCACUUGCCUGAGCCACCUGGCAGCUGGUCACCCGAGUCCUCCGACUCUGAGGAAUCCUGGGAAUCCUUGUACCGCGUGGUGCUGUUGGGAGACCCUGGCGUGGGCAAGACCAGCCUGAUGUACCUCUUUGCUGGGGUUCAAGACAAGGAUCUGCCUGAGCAGCAGAGAGAGGAUACCUACGAGCGCACCUUAUCGGUGGACGGCGAGGAGACAACGCUGAUGGUGAUUGACACCUGGGAAGCUGAGAAGCGGGCCCCGGAAGAAGACAACUGGUUCCACAACUACUGCAUGCAGGUGGGCAACGCCUACGUCAUCGUCUACUCCAUCACCGACCGGGGGAGCUUUGAGAGCGCCUCCGAGCUCCGGAUUCAGCUGCGCAGGACCCGCCAGGCAGAGAACAUCCCCAUCAUCCUGGUGGGGAACAAGACAGACCUGGUGCGCUCCCGAGAGGUUUCUGUGGAAGAGGGCCGUGCCUGCGCCGUGGUCUUCGACUGCAAGUUCAUUGAGACAUCCGCUGCCCUGCAGCACAACGUGUCCGAGCUCUUCGAGGGGGUGGUGCGGCAGAUCCGCCUACGCCGCGACAGCAAGGAGGCCAACGAGAAGCGCAUGUCUCUCUACAAGCGCAAGGAGAGCCUCACCAAGAAGGUGCGCCGCUUCCUCGACCGGCUGGUGGCUCGCAACAACAAGAAGGUGGCGCUGAAAGUCCGUUCCAAGUCCUGCCAUGACCUCUCUGUGCUCUGAGCGAACCGGACGCCACUGCCCUCCUUUCCCUUCUCCUGCUCUUGCCUCCGGGUUUUUCAGGGGUUUUCCUGGGCUUCCUUCCCACAUGUCCGUAGGCGUUUGCAAACUCUCUUCUUUGCUAGGGUCUCUUAGGACACGGCCUUCCGAUAGAGAGAAGCCAAAAACUGUGGGGGAACCGAAAUGAGAUAUGCAGGGUCCUCCCAGAACCAUUUUGGGGGACGGAGGAAGGUCUUGGAGCAACACCUGUGACCGCAUCGGAAGGCUGCGCAUUGAACUGGGACCAUAGUGCGGAUUCUGGGGGAGAUCAUAGAAUCAUAGAAUCAUAGAGUUGGAAGAGACCACAAGGGCCAUCCAGUCCAACCCCCUGCCAAGCAGGAAACACCAUCAAAGCAUUCUUGACAUAUGCCCGUCAAGCCUCUGCUUAAAGACCUCCAAAGAAGGAGGCUCCACCACACUUCUUGGCAGCAAAUUCCACUGCCGAACAGCUCUUACUGUCAGGAAGUUCUUCCUAAUGUUUAGGUGGAAUCUUCUUUCUUGUAGUUUGAAUCCAUUGCUCCGUGUCCGCUUCUCUGGAGCAGCAGAAAACAACCUUUCUCCCUCCUCUAUAUGACAUCCUUUUAAUAUAUUUGAUGGCAGGCUCUUGCCCAUAGUUUUGCUUUGGAGGCAGCCCAGAACAGGCCGUUAUCCUGCUCGAUCCUUUUGCCUGCCAUGUUUCUGAAAUAGGACUAUGAUGCCAGGAUAGGGUUCCCUCUUGUACAGACAUGCAGCAUGCCUUUCUUUUGACAGCAUUUGGCUGGGCCAGAUCAAGCAUCCUUAGUGGCGCCGUAUGAAAUGGGGAAAUGGUUCAAGCGACUCUCUGCAUCAUUUGGUGCUUUUCGAUUUAGAGGUGAGAAGGGGACGACAAAGGACGAGAUGGUUGGACAGUGUUCUCGAAGCUACCAACAUGAGUUUGACCAAACUGCAGGAGACAGUGGAAGACAGGAGUGCCUGGCGUGCUAUGGUCCAUGGGGUCACGAAGAGUCGGACACGACUAAACGACUAAACAACAACAACAACAAGGGGAGACCAUGCUGGAGGUGUAGACAAUUAUGCAUGGUGGGGAGGUGGGGGAGAGAGAGAAAUCUUAUUCUUUUUUCAUUACAGUAGAGCUUGGUUUGCAUCCAACGAAGCUGAAGGAUGGAAGACAAAAUAAAUAAUUUUGCAAUAGUUUUAUUGUUUGUACCCUGCCCGUCCGACUGGGUUGCCCCAGCCACUCAGGGCAGCUUCCGAUAUUUGGAAAAACAUGAUAAAACGUUAUUAAAUAAAAAACAUAAU